GGAGACAGAGGGAAUGAAAUCCUUCCACUACUUAGAAGUCUCUUAUUUGCAUAAAUUGUACAGACUGAAGCCUUUUACUUUUAAUAUAGCAAAUCAGUGGUAAAAUAAAAGACUGCAAGCUAUUUGAAUUACAUAUUUAGAUAAUUUAAAAUAAACAGCAGAAAACUGUAAGUGCAUUACAGGCAACAAAAACUUGCUGUUAAAUGUUUCCAACCAGUACUUAAAAUGCUCAGCAACACAGGUACAUAGCAAAUGCCUCUGAGUAAACUGUUAAUAUCUAUAAAAGACUUUUUCCAUCAAAAACAGAUUUCAAGGUCUUAGUAUCCCUUGUGAUCUGGCUUCUUUCCCAGCCACUUCACUUACCUAAUUGCCUCUUCUCAGAACUUAUCUGAACUGGUCUCUAUAGAGCAUCUGAUACCAUUGAAGAAGGCUUUAUAGCACAUUAAAGAGUGAGUCCUUCAAACUAGACUGCCUGAAUUUGAAUCAGAACUCUACCACGAGCUGAUAUCUUGGUUAAGUUACUUAAGAUCAGGUCUUAAUGUCAUCAUCUGUAAAAUGGAGACCAUGGUAAUACUUAAUUCAGAGUUCUUAAAAGAACAUACAACACACUUAGAACAGUGCCUGUCACAUAUUAAGAACUCAGGAAAAUAUGAACUAUAAAGAGCUCAAUAUCAGAACUUGAAUAAAUAAGACUGGUGAAGGUGCUGGGAAUACCAGAAUGAAUAAAGAUCCUUGCCCUCAUGGAGCUUGUGUUUGGAGAAGAGAGCAGACAAUAAAGUAAGAUAAAUAAGUAAAAUAUAGUGAAAAGUGCUAGGAAAAAAACUAAGGCUGGGAAGGGUGGUUGCAGUUCUAGAUAGGGUGACCAAGGACAGCCUUACUGAGAGGGUGUCAUCUCAGUAAGAUUUAAAGAAGUUGGAGGAAUAAGACAGCACUACAUGGGGAAGAGCAUUCCAAACAGAGAAGACAGCAAGUGCCAAAGCCCUAAGGCAGGAUCCUGCCAGGUUUGUGUGAGGGAUAACCAGGAGCACAGUGUGAUUGGGGCAGAGGGAGGGGGAGUUCUAGGAGGCAUGGUCAGAAGGGCAAAAGGAGAGGUGGACAAGUCAUAUUGGACCUUGUAGGCUCUGGCUUUUCCUCUGAGAGAUCACACUAAAGGAGGGCUUUAGGCACAGGAAUGACAUGAUCUGACUUACAUUUUAACUCUUGUUUCUGUGUUAAGACCAGAGGAGACGGGGAUACAAAGGAAGAAACAAGGAGACCAUGUAGGAGACUACUGCAAUAAUCCAGGCAUCAUUUCUACAGUAUCCUCGACUGGGUCAUCAUUCAAGAACAUCUGGAACAUCUCUAGUGAUGGCAAGGUUUUUAUCUCAUGAAACAAUUCAUUCCAUCUUCAGACAGCUCUACUUGUGUGAAAAGUCUUCUUUAUACUGAACCGAACCUCACUCCAUGUAAUUUCCACCCACGCUGCCCUUUGGAGUUACACCAGGAGGACAGGGAAGAUGAAAGACCGACUUCAAGAACUAAAGCAAAGAACAAAGGAAAUUGAGCUCUCUAGAGACAAGGAUGUGUCGACUACAGAAGCAGAGGAACAAGGGGUGUUUCUGCAGCAAGCUGUUAUUUAUGAAAGAGAGCCUGUAGCUGAGAGACACCUACAUGAGAUACAAAAACUACAGGAGAGUAUUAACAACUUGACAGAUGAUGUUCAAAAAUUUGGGCAGCAACAGAAAAGUCUGGUGGCUUCUAUGAGAAGGUUUAGUCUAAUUAAGAGAGAGUCUAGCAUUACAAAAGAGAUAAAAGUCCAAGCAGAACACAUUAAUAGACGUUUGGAUGAUUUAGUAAAAGAAGUUAAGAAGUCAGAGGAUGAAAACGGUCCAUCAUCAGUGGUCACAAGGAUACUUAAAUCUCAGCAUGCUGCGAUGUUCCGCCAUUUUCAGCAAACUAUGUUUCUAUACAAUGACACAAUAGCAGCAAAGCAAGAGAAGUGCAGGACAUUUAUUUUCCGUCAGCUUGAAGUUGCUGGAAAAGAAGUGCUGGAAGAAGAGGUAAAUGAUAUGCUUCAUCAAGGAAAAUGGGAAGUUUUUAAUGAAAGCUUACUUCGAGAAAUCAGUAUCACUAAAGCACAACUCUCAGAGAUGGAACAGAGACACAAAGAAUUUGUUAAUUUGGAGAACCAAAUAAAGGAUUUAAGGGACCUUUUCAUUCAGAUAUCUCUUUUAGUAGAGGAACAGGGAGAAAGCAUCAACAAUAUUGAAAUGAUAGUGAAUGGCAUAAAAGAGUAUGUUAACACUACUAAAGAAAAAUUUGGACUAGCUGUAAAAUACAAAAAAAGAAAUCCCUGCAGGGUAUUGUGUUGCUGGUGUUGUCCAUGUUGUGGCUCAAAAUAAAGAAGCUAUUUUAGAAAUUUCUCC